AAUGGGAGCGCCGGGGCGCGGCGGGACCCCCGAGCCACGGGACCCCCGCGGCCCCCGGAGCCCAGGGCGCGGGAGCCCUGGAGCCCCCAGAGCGCGAGAGACGGGACCCCCGAGCCCAGGACGGGGGACCCCGGCCCCGGAGUGUGGGACCCCCGGAGCCCUGGGACCCCAGCCCUGGAAUGUGGGACCCCCGGAGCCCUGGGGCCCCCAGCCCUGGAAUGUGGGACCCCCGGAGCCCUGCGAGUCCUGGAGCCCUGGGACCCCCGGCCCCGGAGCGUGGGACCCCCGGAGCCGCAGGACCCCUGUCCCCAGCAUGUGGGACCCUCAGAGCCCAGGCCGUGGGACGUGCAGAGCCCUGGGACCCCAGAGCCCGGAAUGGGGGCACACAGAGCCCUGGGACCCCUGAGCCCGGAAUGGGGGCACACAGAGCCCCCCGCCCUGGGACCCCUGAGCCCUCCCGGGCCCGGCCCACCCGGGGCUCCGGCCCCACGGACACUGCCCUCGGUACCGGCGGCCAGGGGGGAGCUCGGGGCCGCCGGGACCCCCCGAUACCCGCCUCACCCGGGCCCCUGCCCCGGGCUGUCAGACUGUGCUGCUCUUCCUCCUCCUCCUCCUCCUCCUCCUCCUCGUGCUGCUCCCCGAGCCCCGGGGCGGCGGGGGGGUGGACAGGUGUGUGUGUGCACAGGUGUGUGUGUGCACAGGUGUGCACAGCUGUGUGCGUGCAUAGGUGUGCACAGGUGUGUGCGUGCACAGGUGUGUGCGUGCACAGGUGUGUGUGUGCACAGGUGUGUGCGUGCACAGGUGUGUGCGUGCAUAGGUGUGCACAGGUGUGUCCGUGCACAAGUGUGUCCGUGCACAGGUGUGUGCGUGCACAGGUGUGUGUGUGCACAGGUGUGCACAGGUGUGUCCCCGGCUCCUGUCCCCAGGACGUCACGCGUGUGUCGGGGGGGUCCCGCUGCGCUGGGACACGCGUGUUGCCCCCCCGUCCGUGUGUGUGUGUGUGUGUGUGUGUGUGUGUCACCGUGUCCCCGCCGUGUCCCCCCGGUGGCUGCGGGGCCCGGUGGCUCCGUGUGCGCCCCCCGUGUCCCCAGGGACGGCCCGGCUGAGGGAGGGUCGGGACCCUCCGUGUGCCCCCCACCCCCAUCCGGCCGGGCCGUGCGUCCCCGAGCCCCCUGCCCUGCACAGCGAGGGGACACACGGCAGUGUCACCCCUGCACAGUGAGGGGACACACGGCAGUGUCACCCCCCCUCUCACAGGGAGGAGACACACGGCAGUGUCACCCCUGCACAGUGAGGGGACACACGGCAGUGUCACCCCCCUCUCACAGCGAGGGGACACACGGCAGUGUCACCCCCGCACAGCGAGGGGACACACGGCAGUGUCACCCCCACACAGUGAGGGGACACACGGCAGUGUCACCCCCCCGCACAGCGAGGGGACACACGGCAGUGUCACCCCCCCGCACAGCCGGGUGGCACUUGGCAGUGUCACCCCGCACAGCCAGGUGGCACUUGGCAGUGUCCCCCCCUCCCAGGAAGGGGACGCAGGGCUCAGGGGCUGCACGGCCCGGCCGCCCCGUAGCGUGUGCUGUGUUUGUCCCGUGUCACCCCUGCAUGUCGCCCCCGCGUAGGUGCCCCCAAUAAACCAGACAGAGACCCC